AGCAGUCGAUAGUUAGAGAACUUUCUUAUCAAAAUUCUUUUUUAAAUAAAUUCUUUUCAAAUCACGUCCACAGUCAUUCAGUACCACUGCAGUGUUGGUCUUUUGGCAACUAAUCCUGGUGUUCGUCGAACUUUUUGGUCGCUUUCAAUUCCGGUGGCACCGCUUCAACCCCGCAGCGAGCGCCAGCUUCCUAACUAAUUCUCCCAACUCGGAUAAGUUAGCAAAGUCAUAGACUUGGGAGAAAAACGUCCCUAAACAUUAAUACGAUACAAUUUGCGCCUCCAUGAAAGGUGGCAGAUAUGCGUCUUCGCGGCGAAAAGCCUGCCACCAAUGCUCGACCGCCAAGGCAAAAUGUGAGCGCCGAGCGGGACGUUGCACGAGAUGUACCCAGCGGGGGCUGGCAUGCUCCUACAGUCACAAUACAUCGCCAUCGACCUCUGGCGCUCGCGAUAGAAGCACCGCGUUGGCAGCGAGAAGCUCGAUCCUCACGCCUCGUAUGACUUCUCCUGUUGAGUGUGCCCUUCUGGUCCCUGAGCGAGAAGGUUUCCUCCGAGCAACGUUGGGUGGCACAACCACAGGCCGUGACCUUGGGGCCGAGAGCAACUUGGUUGGUACGCCUUCAACCCCGCUUGGUGCAUAUAGUCCGGCGACUAUUUCAUCCACGGCAUUGCCUGGCGGCUUUAGUCGACACGCCCAGGAUGAGCGACUGGAUAAUACCAUUCGUGCAGCGGUGCAGCCGGAAGCACUUGAUUUCACAGGUCUCGAGCUCCUCUGUCUGAUCAAUGUCGACGAGAUGAGCAGCCGCUGGCUCAAUCCUUAUGUACCUGUACCCGGACAGAAGGUCAAAGAGUACCCAGCCAACAUCGAAGCUUUUAUACGUCGGAUACUGGGAUCGUAUGCUUCCAUAGCGGUACGCGGCCGUGCCGUACCACCCUUCGUUCAUUCGUCCCAGACUGCAACGGUAUCGGUGGAACCACCGCUAUCCACCUGCCUGAGCCUGAUCCGCGUCUGCGAGCGGUUGUUGCCAGGCAGCGAGGCAGCCGCCGCCGACGUACUGCAGAGAGAGAUGAGGAGCAUAUACGAACAACACGACAGCCUUGAUGACCUGGCCUCGCUCGCCGCGCUCCAGUCCUACCUCAUCUACGCCCUGGUGCAGCUCUACAGGCUCGGGGGUAAUAUCCCGAGCCAGACCACGCGACGCGAUUUCAUCAGCCUCCAGGAUCUCGCGUGCGCGAGCAGCCGCAGGGGACUCGUCUGCGCCGCGGAGCAGCGGCGCGCUCGACCGCGAUGGGAGGAGUGGAUCGUAGCCGAGGCCAAGCGCCGGACUCUGUACGUGACCAACCUCCUCGACGGCGUCAUAUCGGCGCAGGAGGGCCUGCCGACGUUCUACGGCUUCGAGCUGCGCGGGCUGCCGGCUCCCGCGGGCAAGGCACUCUGGGAGGCGAGGUCGCGACGGGACUGGGAGAUGGCGUAUACCAUGCACCUGGCGGAUUGGCCCGGGGGCGGGCUCCGUGUCGACGAGCUCUGGCCACGUCCGCCGGGGCUCGGCGGAGAGGAGCUUGCGCGGAGACGCGUCAGGGUCGAUCGCUGGCUGGAGGAUGUUGACGAGUUCGGUACUAUGAUAUAUGCCGUUUCAAGCUCUACACAUGAUGCUUGAGGCCUGCCUUAUUAAAAUUGUAUAAUUAUUAUUGAAUAAAAAUGAAAUAAAACUUGUGCUUCU